UAGCCGAUGGGUACAAGAUGUUAGUGAAGACGAGCACCCAAACAAAUGCAUGGACAUAGAAAUACUUCUGUACCAGUUCCAGAGAAGAUGGUGGCCACUGUGCACACCUUGCUCACCUCAAGUAAACAUGUUCAACCUGAUGAGCAACUGCUGCAACUGGGUCUCCAAAAUACAGGAGCCCAUCAGGAAAGUGACCAUUCUUGUGGUUGGUCUUGACAAAGCAGGAAAAACAUCCUCCAUCAGAGGCAUGUUAAGAGUCGCCAAUGUUGUCGAAUCAGGACCCACAGACGACUGCAUUAGACAUGAGCUGAGGGUGGAGAAUUACCUGGUCACACUCUUGGAUGUAGGAGGAUCUGCAGAGUCCCGUGGCACCUGGCGGGAGCUCUAUGGAGAGGCUCAUGGCAUCAUCUUUGUUGUGGACUCUGGUGACAGACAGAGGAUAAAGGAAGUCAGGGAGGUUCUUUCGGACCUGUUGAAGCAGCCGAGGGUAGCAGGAAAACCUCUACUAGUAUUGGCCAACAAACAGGAUAAAAUGAAUGCUUUGCUGGGUAGUGAACUGAUUGAGAUUUUGUCUUUAGAGAAGUUGGUCAACCAGAGCCGCUCUCUGUGCCAUAUUGAGCCUUGUUCAGCCUUAAUGGACCUGCGGCGCUGGUCAGACAGAAAGACUCUGCGAGGCCUUCGCUGGUUGCUGCGAGCUGUUUGUCUGGAUUAUCCAGAGCUGUGUGCUCGUGUAGCUCAGGACAGCAAAAGGCCUCUGGAGCCAAGAGAGAGGGAGAGGAAUGGAAAACCGGAGAAAGUGCAAAGAAAAACCAAGGUCGAACGAAUAAGAUCCAGCAAGUCAGAUCUGCGCAAGGUUCAUCGGCCCAAAGACAAGGAGAAAAAACCCAAGAGCGAAGGAAAGCUGCAACCCAUUCGGAAUAUGCUGCAAAAGGACACUUCACUGAAAAAGAAGCUAAAGACAAAGAAGAAGAAGAAGACGGUUAAGGUGAAGGAAGGUGAAAAAGAUGAGGGACCGCCAAACGAACAUGAAGAGGAAGAGGACGGUGACGCCAAUGAAGGAGAGCAAGAAAACUCUGGUCACAGAGACAAAGCCAGCAGUGCUCUGAUCCCUCCGAAAAAGGGCAAACUUAAACGCAAAACAAAGGUGAAAGAAGAGACGCUGGAUGUGCCAGAAUCACCUGAGAAUGACGAGAAACCACUGAAAGUUAAAGGAGAAAAGAAGAAGAAGAAGAGAGUUGUGAAAGUGAAAAGAAAAAACAAGAUCAACACAGAGGAGAUGCCAGCAGCUUAUUCGCAGCCCGUGGACCUUUCUGCAACCUUUGAUCUUUACCGGAAAGCAAUACUAGCUCUGAAAGAGCGUCAGGAUCAGGGACAGUGAGAGUGAAUCGUGCGUGUGUCCUGCCGCCUGAGUGUGAGGAUGUGGGUCCACAGCAGACGUACACAACACAUUGCAUCCCUUCACACACACUACUAUUUCUGUAUCUCUUCCCAUAUUGUAGACUUUCAACCUGAUUCCUGAACCUUUGGAGGGAAUUUGCAGACUCCGAAGUGUAGUGAAGGGCAGGUGUGAUAAAAUAAUAUCACAUUGUAAAAAAAAAAAUGUGUUAAAUAUAAACUUGUGUACAUGGCCAAUGCAUCUGCAUUUUGUUUAUAUACAUUUUUGCAGUUUUGAAUGUAAAGAAAACUGGAUUUUUAAACUGUUUUUUCUGUUUUGUUUUUUGUAAUUAUUGUUUAAACCUU